GCCGGGCCGGAGCACGCAGCCAUGCUCAAGUUUUUCCGCGAGCCGCGGGACGACACUGCCCUGCCGUGGGCCGUCCACAAGUGGAAGCAAGCGCCCGAGGUGCACGUGGUCGCCGAGGUUGUCUGGCUGUACCGCGCGGUGCUGGAGGACGUGAUGCUCCGUAACACGGCCGACGGCGAGGGGCUCGCCGCGAAGGACGAGAAGGCCAAGAGGGCGCGCUCGCCCGCCAUGAUCGAGCCCAAGUGGGUGCCGUUCAAGGAAGAGUCCAGCGAUCCCCUCAAGCUCGCCCUGGUCGUCGGCAACCUGACCACCAGCGAGGCCGCCGAGGGGGGCAAGAGCGCCCUGAAGCUCGGUGACGUCACGGGUGCCCUCGGCGUGUUCGAGACGGUGGGCGAGAGCAUACUCGGGGAUAGCGACAAGCCUGAGGAG